AGAACAGGAUCGUCAUUUCUGGGACAGUUAUUCAACCAACAUCCAGAUGUAUUUUAUCUUUACGAACCUCUUCACCCCUUCGCGGUGUUUAAAAAAUUAAAAUAUAUUGCAGAACGAAAUUACACAACUCUUACACGAUUAUUCCUUCGAAAUGCUUCUAUCUGCAACUUUAAUGGCUUCCAAGAAUACUUUAAUUUUCUUUCUCACCCAGGACUGUCAAAUCCACAUUUUGUUUUAUCGAGCAGAUCACUGGCAUCAUUACCUUUCUGCAAAUAUGCUUUUCAACCGUUUAAAAAUCUCUUUAAACCUUUAAGUAAAUGUUCUCCGUUAGACGCAAACUUAGUGUCGCUUAAUUGCAAAUCGAAGAAGUUCGUUGCUUUAAAAAUAUUAACUCACCGUUUACCUGAGGAAAAUUUAAAAGACUUGGUCGAAGGUAAUUCUUUACAGCUGCAAAAAAUUCCACUUAAAACUAUACAGUUAGUGCGCGAUCCGCGGGCGGUUGUUUGGUCCAUGAUAAAAAUGGGUUUAAUAUCAAGAGGAACUAAAAACUACACCAGGACAGAAUUAAACAAAAAGGGACGAAACUCAACUUUUCGCCCACCAAAUAUAAACUUUAUCCCUAGUUUCAGUUUCAUCGAGCAAGUUCGACGUUUCUGUGAUCGACUGAAAAAGGAUAUGAACUUGUCAUCAUACCUUUCGUCUAAACUUGGUCCAGAUCAGUACAGAGUAAUUCGCUACGAGGACUUAGCCGAGAACAUCCCAGAGUUUUCUCGCAAAAUAUUUCAGUUUACGGGGAUUGAUUAUGCUGCAGAGGUAAAAGAAUGGCUGCGAUACCUCAAUUUUGAUGAAAAAAGACAUGGUAACGAUGAGCUUAGCUACUCUACAAGCAACAGAAAUACCUCUGUUACUAUCAACUCUUGGAGGAAGGAACUCUCACUGCUGGAAACUCUUAUCAUUGAUAACCAAUGCGCUGAUUUUAUGGUAAAGUUUGGUUAUAAGUUUAUCGAAAGCGCAAAUCUUCUUAAAAAUAUGGUAAAAAGUCUAAGGAAUCCGUUACGAAAAAGCUUUCAUACCAUGUAA